CGUGGAGUUCUGACUUGCUUAAACCACCCCAUGGCAUGCAGGGCGUGAAGCAUUUGGCGCCGCAACUCGACCAGACCCAGUAACCUCCCUUUACCGAGUCUCCCUUGCACUACACCUGCGUGCGUGCGUGCGUGCGUUCGUGCUCUGCAAGUAUUGUCAAUUUCUCAUUCGUUAAUCCAAUCCCAAAUCUCUCACACACACUCUCUGUAUAUAUAUAUAUAUACAAUCGUCCUCACUUGAAUGUCGGCACCGCAGAGAUUUCUCUGCACAUUCUCUCACGCUAUCCCUCUCUCUUCCGCUCUCUCCACCUUCAAACCUAGACCCUUCGUUUUUCUUCCCUUCGCUCACUCUAACCGGACCUUAGCUCCUUCUCUCUCAUCAAUGCCUCGCAAUCAGCGAAGUGGCGCGCAGGUGGCGCGGAGAUGGAAAGAGAAAGGCAAGGCCGAGGGACAGUUAUCCGCUGCGGGAGACGCAGGUGCAGCCGCAACUGCGGCGGAAACCGUUACUAACAGGCUUGCUGGAAUGAGUAUCGGAGAAAACAGUGGCAGAACCGCGGCGCAAGGUUCGAUUGCGAUUUGGAAACCUAAAUCUUACGGAACCGCGAGUGGAGGCACUGUAACUGAAGCUGAAAAUGGAGCAGGAGUUGCUGCGAGUGUGGCUUCGCCGCAAAAGAGUAGUAGUAGUGGUUUGAGUAAGAUAUUUCGCGGUAAUCUGUUGGAGAGUUUCACUGUGGACAACUCCACGUACACACGUGCACAAGUCAGAGCGACUUUCUAUCCGAAAUUUGAAAAUGAGAAGUCGGAUCAAGAGGUCCGGACCAGGAUGAUUGAGUUGGUAUCAAAAGGGCUGGCUACCUUAGAGGUUUCACUUAAACACUCUGGAUCUCUUUUUAUGUAUGCUGGUCAUGAGGGUGGAGCUUAUGCAAAAAACAGUUUUGGAAAUGUAUAUACUGCUGUUGGUGUAUUUGUUCUUGGACGGAUGUUUCGUGAGGCUUGGGGAACUGAAGCUUCAAAAAAACAGGCUGAGUUUAAUAAUUUUCUUGAGAGAAACCAUAUGUGCAUAUCAAUGGAAUUAGUAACUGCUGUUCUUGGAGAUCAUGGACAGCGUCCCCAAGAAGAUUAUGCGGUAGUUACAGCAGUUACUGAACUGGGCAAUGGAAAGCCAAAGUUCUAUUCAACUCCUGAGAUUAUUGCUUUCUGCCGAAAAUGGCGCCUUCCAACAAAUCAUGUGUGGUUGUUUUCAUCAAGAAAAUCAGCCACUUCUUUCUUUGCUGCCUAUGAUGCCCUAUGUGAGGAGGGGACUGCAACGUCUGUAUGCAAGGCUCUCGAUGAAAUUGCUGACAUCUCAGUACCAGGUUCAAAAGAUCAUGUAAAAGCCCAAGGUGAAAUUUUAGAGGGUCUUGUGGCUCGUCUUGUAAGCCAUGACAGUUCAAGCCAUAUAGAGAGAAUUUUGAAAGAAUUUCCUCCUCCACCUGCUGAUGGAGUGGCCCUUGAUUUUGGACCAAGUCUAAGGGAAAUUUGUGCAGCAAAUAGAUCUGAUGAAAAGCAGCAAAUAAAAGCACUUCUCGAGAGUGUUGGUAGUUCUUUUUGUCCUGACUACACAGACUGGUUUGGGACCGAUGCUGCUGAUUAUCAUUCAAGAAAUGCGGACAGAUCUGUUCUUUCAAAGUUUUUACAAGCCCAUCCUGCAGACUAUUCAACUAAAAAGUUGCAGGAAAUGGUUCGGUUGAUGAGGGAAAAACGAUACCCUGCUGCAUUCAAAUGUUAUCAUAAUUUCCACAAGGUUGAUGCCAUGUCAAGUGACAGUCUUUUCUAUAAAAUGGUCAUUCAUGUGCACAGUGAUUCUGCUUUUCGGCGAUACCAAAAAGAAUUGAGGCUUAAACCAGGAUUAUGGCCACUAUAUCGAGGAUUUUUUGUUGAUAUCAAUUUAUUUAAGGCAAACAAGGAGAAUGCUGCUGAAAUUUCUAAGAACAAUGUAAAUGAAAUUGGUAACGGGAGCUCUGGGAAAGAUGACUUAGCUGAUGAAGAUGCAAAUUUAAUGGUCAAAUUAAAAUUUCUUACAUAUAAGUUGCGAACCUUUCUCAUUAGAAAUGGCUUGCCAAUUCUGUUCAAAGAAGGGCCAGGGGCUUACAAGGCUUAUUACCUCAGACAAAUGAAAAUAUGGGGAACCUCUUCAGCAAAGCAGAGAGAACUUAGCAAGAUGCUUGAUGAAUGGGCUGUGUAUAUAAGAAGGAAGUGUGGAAAUAGGCAACUGUCAUCAUCAUCAUAUCUAAGUGAAGUCGAACCUUUUCUUGAGCAGUUUGCAAAACGUAGUCCACAAAACCAAGCUCUGAUAGGUUCUGCUGGUAAUUUAGUUAGGACUGAAGAUUUCUUGGCCAUUGUUGACGGAGGCCAGGAUGAAGAAGGUGAUCUUGUGGCAGAGCGGGAGAUAGCACUGCCAGGGUCUACUAUCUCAGUCAAGGACACAGUUCCAAAAUAUGAAGGGUUGAUUGUAUUCUUUCCGGGAAUACCUGGUUGUGCUAAGUCUGCCCUUUGCAAAGAAUUGCUAAAUGCCCAAGGAGAACUAGGAGAUGAUCGACAAGUUCAUAGUCUCAUGGGUGACAUGAUUAAAGGAAAAUAUUGGCAGAAAGUAGCUGAAGAACGCAGAAAGAAACCAACUUCUAUAAUGCUUGCCGACAAGAAUGCCCCAAAUGAAGAAGUUUGGAAACUGAUAGAAGACAUGUGUCACAAGACCAGAGCAUCUGCUGUACCAGUUGUGCCUGAAUCUGAAGGAACUGAUUCGAAUCCAUAUUCUCUUGAUGCAUUAGCUGUUUUCAUGUAUCGUGUUCUUCAACGAGUUAAUCACCCGGGGAAUCUUGACAAAGCAUCUCCAAAUGCUGGCUAUGUGCUGCUAAUGUUUUAUCAUCUUUACGAGGGCAGGAGCCGUAAAGAGUUUGAGGGUGAUUUAAUUGAGCGUUUUGGGUCUCUUGUCAAGAUGCCACUAUUGAAAUCUGAUAGGAAUCCCCUUCCCGAGGCAGUGCAGUCCAUUUUAGAGGAAGGAAUUGAUCUAUAUAAACUCCACACUAAGAGACAUGGAAGAUUAGAGUCUACCAAAGGAUCAUACGGAAAAGAAUGGAUAAAAUGGGAGAAACAGUUACGGGAAACUCUUUCUGGAAAUGCCCAGUAUUUCAAUUCUAUUCAGGUUCCAUUUGAAUUUGCUGUCAAGCAAGUGUUGGAACAAAUAAGAAACAUUGCCAAGGGAGAUUACACACCACCAGAUUCUGAAAAGAGGAAAUUUGGUACCAUUGUUUUUGCUGCUCUUAGCAUGCCAGUUACUGAAAUUCAAGGCAUCCUCAAUAAAUUGGCCCAGAGUAAUCCCAAGAUUGACGUAUUCCUUAAAGACAAACGUUUAGAGAAUCUUAAUCGAGCUCAUUUGACUCUUGCCCACAAGAGAAGUCAUGGCGUAAAAGCUGUAGCUGAUUAUGGUAUCUAUCUUAAUAAAGAGGUGCCAGUGGAGUUGACAGCAUUGCUCUUCUCAGAUAAAAUGGCUGCAUUUGAAGCUUGUCCCGGGUCGGUGGAUGGUGAAAAGAUAGUUUCAAAAAAUGAGUGGCCUCAUGUUACCUUAUGGACUGCUGAAGGGAUUGCAGCCAAGGAGGCUAACUUGUUACCACAGUUGCUUGCAGAGGGGAAAGCAAAUCGGAUUGACUUCAAUCCCCCCAUCAAUAUAUCUGCCACAGUUAACUUUUAUUGAGUUCCUUUUGCUCUCGUCUUUCUAAAAUAAAACAUACUGAAAUGAAGGUGAUCACAUGCAUUUAUUUGUUUAUUUAUUUAAUUAACAAGAUCAUACACUUUGCGCAUGCUGAGUGGGCAUACAGGUUAGAUCCAAUAUUUAGGGAGGAUGAUGGAGAAAGUUUUUGUAGGAGCGAGCAUUUUCUCCUGAGGAAUUGUGUAUAUAUAAGCUGUUUACUGUUUAGAAAGCCGAGUAUUGUUUCUGGAGUCUCGUGGCCGAACUUUCACCAUAUGAGCCUAUGAGGCUCUCAUCUUUGUUAUAGUUCUUUCUCUUUUUUGUUUUCUAAUAGUUCGGUCUCUCUUUAUCCAUGACAUGUGUCAUUCUGCUUGUGGUUACAAGUUUUUAAUUAUUUAUUUAUUAACUUUAACACUUGGCAUUGUACAUUAACCAUAUCAUAGCAUUUUUAGUGGGAGUUGCUUAUUUGUGGAUUGCUUAAAUUUUAACAAAGUUGUUUGUACAAGCAACUUUGCUAAAAUUUAAGUAAUCCACAAAUUUGAUGUAGCAUGAUAUGGUACUGGGAUUGCUUACCGGAGAUGCUCUUGGGGAAGCAUUCAUUAUUAAACCCUGUGGAUUUGAUGUUGGAAUUAUUACAAGAAAUUAAUCUCUGUAAAAUGUUAAAUUA